UCUCUCCUUCCCCGGUGCCCGCCUAACGUUCCCCUCCAUGAAAAUCAGACAGUUUUAUCCGUUAAAAAUGCAAGUGAAGUAAAAACCAGAAGGAAAGAAUGCGACUCUUCUCUUCCUCGCCUUCGUCUUCCUCACCAAAACCCAACUUUACCCUCUUUUCUCCUUCCCAGAACCCCAACAAGUUCACCUUCAAAACAGUAACUCCCUUCAAAACUCGCCUCCCCACUCCUUCCCUCCUCUCUCUGAUCCCUCCAUGCUCUUCCAAGAACACCUCCUCUUCUCCAGUCCUGGACAAAGAAGCAGACCAGGAAGUCUCUGUGGAAGCCGAGCAGGACACUUUCAAGAAGGUCCUGGUCGUUCGCAGGCCAGUCACGGAUAUUUCCAGGGAAGAUGAUGAGAGUGACGAUGGUGAAGCUGAAGGUGAUGAUGACGCAUUGAAAUCGUCGCGUAUAGGUGCUGGUCUCGAGGAGUUUGCCAAGAAAAUGCCUAUGUUUGAGCCCGAAAGAGUGGAGUCUGGGGGUUCUCUAGGAAAGCCGCUAACUGUGAACUUGGACUUGGCCUUGUAUAAAGCGAGGGUCUUGGCGAGGAAGUAUCGUUAUGAAGAAGCUGAAAAGAUACUGGAGAAGUGUAUGUACUAUUGGCCGGAAGAUGGGAGAUCAUAUGUAACAUUAGGGAAGAUAUUGAGCAAGCAAUCAAAAAGGGCAGAAGCGAGAGCUGUGUAUGAGAGAGGUUGCCAGGCUACCCAAGGAGAAAAUCCUUAUAUUUGGCAGUGCUGGGCUGUGUUGGAGAAUAAGAUGGGAAAUAUAAGAAGGGCUCGAGAACUAUUUGACGCAGCCACAGUUGCUGACAAGAGACACAUUGCUGCCUGGCAUGGAUGGGCAGUUCUAGAGCUAAAACAGGGGAAUGUCAAAAAGGCAAGGCAUCUGCUUGCUAAAGGUCUUAAAUUCUGCAGUGGAAAUGAGUACAUCUAUCAAACCCUUGCAUUGCUGGAAGCUAGAGCAAGUAGGUACGAGCAGGCUCGUUACUUGUUCAGGCAGGCCACCAAGUGCAACCCAAAAAGCUGUGCCAGUUGGCUGGCAUGGGCUCAGUUGGAGGUGCAACAGGAGAAUUAUCGUGCUGCGAGGCUACUAUUUGAGAAAGCAGUCCAGGCAAGCCCCAAGAACAGGUUUGCAUGGCAUGUUUGGGGAGUUUUUGAAGCUAAUAUAGGCAAUAUUGACAAGGGAAGAAAACUUUUAAAGAUAGGCCAUGCACUCAAUCCUAGAGAUCCUGUAUUACUUCAGUCUCUUGCUUUGUUGGAAUAUAAACACUCAACAGCAAAUCUAGCUCGAGUUUUGUUCAGGAGAGCCUCUGAGCUGGACCCAAGGCACCAACCAGUCUGGAUUGCAUGGGGAUGGAUGGAAUGGAAGGAAGGGAACAUAUCCACAGCAAGGGAAUUGUACCAAAGAGCACUGUCAAUUGACUCAACAACUGAAAGUGCUGCUCGAUGUUUACAGGCUUGGGGUGUUUUGGAACAGAGAGCUGGUAACUUAUCAGCAGCUCGACGGUUAUUUAGAUCCUCGCUCAAUAUAAAUUCUCAGAGCUACGUAACAUGGAUGACAUGGGCAGCAUUGGAGGAGGACCAAGGAAACUCUGUGCGUGCUGAAGAAAUUCGUAACCUCUAUUUCCAGCAGCGAACUGAAGUUGUGGAUGAUGCUUCAUGGGUAAUGGGAUUUUUAGAUGUCAUUGAUCCAGCCCUUGACAGCAUAAAGAGACUCCUGAAUUUGGACCAAGAUCCGAGCAACAAGGCACAGGAACCUCUGAAAGAUGCAGGAGUUAAUGAAACUAGUGCUCAAGAACCACUGGUCAGCUCAUCCUCUGGACAAAAUGAUGGCUUUGACAUUGAAAAUGAGAGUGGAUUAGAUUUGGAUGCUUUUAUCAAAGAUAAAUUAUUAUUGGACCCAUCUGAACUGGACAUUUUGAUGGAAAAUCCUGGAAGCUUUACUCCUAAGAGAAUCAAAUCUCCAAGAAGAGUGUGGAGAUCACAGAAAAGAACCACCAUGACUUUGCCUCAAACCAGCAUAUGACAGUUGCAGUUAUAUCUUUGCAGGUGCAUACUAGAAUACUUAUUGUUAUGUAAGCUACGGUAGUAGAUGAUUCAUAGACAACUGUACGAAAAUCUGGAAAAAAGAAAUGCUUAUGGUAUGUCUCUCCUUCACUAGCCAUUACAAUUCAACCUGUGCACAGAAACUGUAGAAUAUUUUCUCAUACCGCAUGUUGAAAAAUGUCAAUAUUGUAUAUACUUUGAA